CGGGCGUGUGCCGUUUGAGGCGAUGGCGGGGGCGGGAGGACAAGGCCUGAUCGUGGCAACACCGGCCGAUCUCCGCUUGCCCUUGCCUCACGUCAUGCCUUUCCGCUGACCAGCCUCGACGCGCCCUCUGCCUCUUCCCUCUUCCUCCUCGUCCUCCCCCUCGCCGUCCCCCGUCUUUUGCGUCCUCUUCGUCGUCCACCGCGGCCUCGCCGUAUCACCCUAGCGACAGACCUGGCUUCUCCAUCUUCACUCGCCUGAAUAGGCAGGCGCCGCGCCCGUGCCUCUCGCUACCAUCGGCCCCACACGUCCGGCGCACGCGUCAAAGUCCCCGUCGCCCACCACCCUGCGUCCAGGGAGACAGUACGGCAGUUGACGAUACUGAUUAGUUGACGACCACUGUGAUGAACAAGCCAAGGCAGCUCACCAAGUCCCCGCCGCCGUCCCCGGCGCGCGAUGUCAAGCGUGCACCAGAGCCCUACCCUAUCCCGAGCAACAACCCCGCGAGCCAGUACACGCUUCUCGAGAAGCUGGGCACGGGUAGCUUCGGCACGGUGUACAAAGCGAUGCACAACGAGUCCAAGCAAAUCGUGGCUAUCAAGCAGAUCGACCUCGAGGACUCGGACGACGACAUCUCUGAGAUUCAGCAGGAGAUCGCAAGCCUCGCGCAGUUCGACUCGGAGUACGUCACGCGUUACUAUGGCUCGUUCGUCGUCGCAUACAAGCUGUGGAUCGUCAUGGAGUACCUUGCCGGUGGCUCCUGCCUCGACCUUCUCAAACCAGGCGUUUUCUCAGAGGCGCACAUUGCGGUCAUAUGCAAGGAGCUUCUGCAGGGACUGGACUACCUUCACUGCGAGGGGACGAUCCACCGAGACAUCAAGGCUGCGAACGUACUUCUCUCCGCAUCAGGAAAAGUCAAGCUCGCAGACUUUGGUGUGGCGGCUCAGUUGACAAAUACUCUGCGACAUACAUUCGUGGGCACGCCGUUCUGGAUGGCACCCGAGGUCAUUCGGCAAGCGGGCUACGACGCGAAGGCGGACAUAUGGAGCUUGGGCAUCACUGCCAUCGAAAUGGCAAAGGGCGAACCUCCAUUGGCGGAGUAUCACCCAAUGCGGGUAUUGUUCCUCAUCCCGAAAGCGAAACCACCGAUCCUGGAAGGCGCAUUCUCGGCUACCUUCAAGGACUUCGUCUCUCAGUGCCUGACGAAGGACCCGAACACCCGUCCGUCUGCCAAAGAGCUUCUGCAACACCGAUUCAUUCGGAGUGCCCGCAAAACGUCUUACCUCACUGAGCUCAUUGAGCGGUACCAAGACUACCGUGCUCGUGCACCAAGCAAGGCCCCGCAAAUGUACCAGGCAACAGUACGCAACAGCGGUGCAUGGGAUGGCACGCUCCGGAGCGACUGGAGCUUCGACACCGUCCGGACAAAUUCAGCUAUGGGCUCGAUUCGGAGUAUGGCGCGGGACCUCCUGCCGCCAGAGAUGAUCCCGGACGAAGACGAAUACGACGACGACCCCUCGAUAUACGACAACGAAGGUUCCAUCGACACGACAGCGGCGACUUCUGGCGGGAGCGCGCCGCUUGCGCUCGGGAUGAACGCGGGCGCGCAGCACUCGACGGUGAUCAUCCGGCCCCUGAGCCCGCCUGCGGACGAGAAGGCCGUGCCGUCGCUCAUGUCGGACAAUGCCAGCGACGAGACGGCGGGCAGUGCGGAGCCUGCGACGCCCCCGAUGAACGAGCCGCCGCCUGCUUAUACCGGCUCCGUGCGCACGACAAGAAGGGCGAGCUAUCAGGCAAGGAAUAACCUGAACGGAACUGUGAUUGGUGAGGCGGAUCUGGGCACGGGCGUAGACACGAUCCGGCCCGUGAAGAAGGUGGAUACGGUGCGCUCGUUGAGGAUGAGCGAGGAGUAUGUCGGGACGACGAGAAGCAGGGAGAGUAACUCCGCGCCGUCUUCUCCGACGAAUACGAAGUCACACAGGAGAACUGCGAGUGAAGCGGUGAAGGCGGGCAAGUCCCUCAUCGAUGAAGUGCUGCUCCCAGUAUUAGAGAGGGCCACGAGAGACGAUAUGGACGCCCGCGAGAUUGAGUCGAUCAGCAUGAUCUCCAGAGGGUUCGAGGAGUUGAAGGAGGUCAACCCCGAACUUGCCUAUAACAUUGUCCUCGACCUACUUUCCGGCAUCAAUGAGAAUUCUGCCAUGCGCCAACACGUCCAGACGGCGCGCGGUCUCUUCCCUCACAGACGCAUCAUUCGCAAGAGCGAGAUGACGGCGAAAGGCCUUGUCGUCACCGAGGAAGAAGAGAUCAACGGUCUCCCCUCGUCAUCUACACCCAUACCAAGCGACGGCGAGCCCGGCUCACCGACACGCAAGUCACCUAUUUCCGAACUGCUCUAUAUGCGCUGGCUCGAGGGUCUCCGGCUGAAGUGGCCGAGCAUCCUCUAGCCCGGGUGGGGUCCGCCUCCCCUACCCUCCCCACCCUGUUCCAUAUAUCGCGAACCUUACACGUUACAUGACCGCCCAUACCGGUACCUUCUCACCCACCUUCGGACUCGCUUUGGAAUCUGCCCCUCGCAUUCAUCCUCGUUUACGACACGCUCAUGAAUCUUAUGACUUGCAAUGCGUACCCGGU